GAACUCUAUUGGUGCUUGUCGAUCUGAAACACGUGUGACCUCCUCGGUAUGUCUCCCUCUCGGUAACUGGGCUGGAUUUGCAAUGUUUCCGAUUUAACGGUGUCGUAUGCAACUAGCCUCAUGUCUAAGAAUACAGCGUCUGUCUGUGCAGAUGAAGAGCCUAGUAAUUUGGAGACACAGUCGAAAUUGUUGCAAAAAGCUGCAAAAAAGUCUAAAAAGCGACCUAAACCGGAAACUGAUGACCCAAAUGUGCCACGACCCAAAUCUAAGAAACACAAAAAGCAGCGUCCCGAAUCUUGUCAUACUUCAUGCCCUCAACCCGUUUGUACUGGUGUCUCAUCUGAUGUUGGUCGCACGCCCGGUGAGAAUGCACCAGAGCUCAAAAAGAAGAAGAGCAUAAGAGCCGAUGCCAAACAAGUUGACUCAAACAAAGGAACGGAGAUUCAACAGUCUGUUAAACAACGAUUAGAACAUAAAAGCAAACGUGUAAGUCACCAUCAGAGUCGACUCGAAGCCGAUACGAUUACAGCCGCAACUUGUUCUGCACAUGAAGGACCUGGACUCCAUGCCCCAGAUGGAUUUGAUUUGCGGGAAAGUACCAUGAUCCCGAUUUCUCCUGAAUUGCAGCCGAUCUCAACUUACCAGAGUCCGGAGCCUGAAAUAUCACCACAAUUAUCUGUGCGAUCCCGUUGCUCAUCAGGCACUUCUCACUCAUCCUACAGUCGUUCUUCUCCACGCCAUUCAUCUGCAAGGCGACAACAUCAUGAACCGGAAUCAGGUCGACCGUUCCGUUCUCGUAGAAUGGAAGACCCUCGGCCGCGUUUUACUUAUCGAGCAUAUGCUGGAUAUCGACGUAUCAGCCAUGGUCGAGAUAGUAGUCCCGAAGAAUGGUCCGCUGAAGAUUUUAAUUCGCGCCACAGACGUGGUCGUAGUCGUGGCUCUCCUAGGUCUGGACAUGGAACUAUACCUCAUUCCUAUGGGUACCGAUAUCCAGAUAGUCGUCAGCGCUACGAUUCAUCCCCUCGUUCCUCCGGACAGAGAAGGCAUGAAUCAAGACGAUCACGUAGUCGAAGCCCAUCUAGCAAGCGUGAUAGACAUCACUAUGAGCUAUCAGAUCGCUCUCAUCCCAGAACACGGCAUUACCCACAGAGGUUGUCUCCCAAUGGUUAUUCAAGGCACAGGCCUAUUGCUAGACGUAGGAGCUCCCGUGAACCUGCUUACGAUGGGUCAAGUCAAUAUAAACCUUCCAGAGAUGAUCCUUCGCGCUCAUCAGGAACAAAGCGCGCAGUGGAUGAUGACAAAUACCAUUCCUACAAGCAACCAUCUAGGCGGACCGGUUUGACUUCCGAGGAAGAACGACACAAGCACGAUGUAGAGCAGUCGCGAUCCAAAUCUCCUGCCAAGGAGUCCAAAGAUGACAAACUUAGAGGUCGAUCCGUUAGUGAUCCGGAACGCGAGCACCCUGGUGCACGCCGCUCACCUGUUCGGACCACGGAUAACAAACGCCACAAAUCACCUAGUUCCCGCUCCCCCCGUACUGUCUCUGGCGACAAAGUUCGCAAACCGAAAAUCUCCGCUAAGGUUUCUGCGGUGCUCGAUUUGUUGGGUGAAGUAACCGUCGAGGCUGUAUCAGACACCGAGCUAGAGUCUAUACUACCUCCCGAAAUUCUCUCCGUCGGCAUAAUGAAUCACACAGUGACGCUGAGCAGUGUAAUCUCUAGCGUUGAGACGAGACCGAUUACAUCUGAGGAUCAAAAUAUGGCCGCUUACCAAGGACUUGUGUCCGCACCUGAACCCGAGGCGAAACAUGUGAAUACCCCCGAUGCCUUGGAUAAAUUAACUUCACGAAUACGGCAAAAACUGAGUGAACCCGAACCGUGGGAUUCUGCCGAGUUGUCUUCUGUGGACGGAGACGAGGUCGACACGGAACAUGCUCCGGAGGAGGACGCUCCAGCUCUUGAGCAUUCCCUAGUAAACAUUGCUGCAAUAAACAAAAACCAUUCCUCACUUUCACAGCAAGCGAUCGCCAGCUUGUCCACUCAGUGGCAAGAAUUAAUUGAGUCGGCGGAGAAAAACCUCACUUCGGUUGGCACUGAGACCGAUUUUGUGAGUCCUUCUGUGCGCGUGACUGACAUCCUGAAACCAAUCCAACCGGAUUUGCAACUCGUGAGUUUCCUUCUUUUGCUGUGUACUGUCACAUUUCCCUCAUUUUUGUGA